AUGGCGGCGCAAGGAUGGGGCAUGACAAACAUUGUGGUCGAGAUGGAUUCCUGUGAACUUGUUCAGACGGUAACCACACAGGGCUACGACCUCUCUCCCAAUGGAGUUCUGUUCCGCGAGAUUAAAGCUUUUCUUAGUCUGAAUUUCUUUUCCUUUAAGAUUAUGCACUAUCUCAGAACCUGUAAUAAGAUUGCUGAUGCACUCGCAUCUUUUGAUGCGAAGCUGAACGCUCACCCCAAGCCGUUCAUGGAUUUGAAUUUGUUCAUGUAUUUUGAAAAGAGGUUCGUGGAUUUGAAAAAUGUUUUGCAGACUACGUCACUCCCCACGGUUUCCAAUCUCAUCCGCCUUUCCUCCGUUCAAUUCAACACCGAGGGCAAACCGCAUAACGGCCUGAACCGAAACCUCCCGCCGGCCAUGGAGAGCACGCCGACGGGCAACGAGCAGCGCAGGCGGCAGGAGCACCGCGGGCUCCGCGGCCGCCUUGCCGGCAUCUUCUCCUCGUCUUCACCCAACCAUGAGUGCUGCCAACAGGUCGUGAAGCUCAGGGAGGAGCUGCAGAAGCAGAGCGAUCUCAAGGAGACGUACAAGGGCCGGUUGGAGAACGCGCAGGAGUACCUCAGGUUCUGCCUCGAGGUCGCCCAGGAGCACGGCUUCCUGCACCUCAUGUCUGCCGCCUCCAACGACGAGCGGCGCUCCCCUCGCAGCGACGACGAAGACCCGGAGGCCGCGACGGCGACCGGCGACGAGGACGAACCGGAAUCGAUGGAGGCGCUGCCCUGCGACCCGUACUUGGUCGCCACCAGAGACCUCGCGGCGCAGCACGGCUGGUCCGUUGCACCGGACGAGAUGGAGCUGCACGAGACGAUAGGCCGGGGGACGACGGCGGACAUACACCGGGCGACGUGGAGGGGGCUGGAGGUGGCGGUGAAGUGGAUCAGGCCGGAGCUCCUCCGCUCAAACCCGAGCGCCGAGGCCUUCUUCGCGCAGGAGCUGGACGCGCUGUCGCGGCAGCGGCACCCGCACGUGCUACGGCUGAUGGGCGCGUGCCUGCGCCCGCCGGAGAGCUGCUUCCUGGUGACGGAGCUGCUGAGCGGCGCCACGCUGGGCGAGUGGCUGCACGGGGGCAAGGAGCGCCGCCGGAAGGAGCUGCUGCCGCCAUGGCCGGCGCGGCCGCUGGCGCAGAGGGUGAGCAGGGCGCUGGAGGUCGCGCUGGCGAUGCGGCACCUCCACGAGCAGACGCCGCGGGUGCUGCACCGGGACCUGAAGCCGAGCAACGUGCUGCUGGACGCCGACUCGCGCGCGCGGGUCGCGGACUUCGGCCACGCCAGGUUCCUGCCGGACGGCGGGCAGGCGCUCACCGGCGAAACCGGUAAGACACCGCGGACGUACGUGUACAUGGCGCCCGAGGUGAUCCGCUGCGAGCCCUACACGGAGAAAUGCGACGUGUACAGCUUCGGCGUGAUGCUGAACGAGCUCGUCACCGGGGAGCACCCGUACAUAGACGCCAGCUACGGGCCUAGCAAGAUUGCGUUGGAGGUAGCGGAUGGAAAACUGAGGCCGAAGCUCCCGGACAGCGACGCGGAUAGUACAACGGGAGCCCUGGUUGAUCUCAUCUGCCGGGCUUGGGACGCGGAGCCUUCGAGGAGGCCUUCCUUUGCCGCCAUCACCGUGGCACUUCGAGGCAUCCAAGAGCAGCUGCUGUGA